AUGCGUGAGGAUUUCCAAUUGUGUUUCAGAGCCGAAACUUGCUAUUAUAUGGUCACAUACGAAGUGCUAACUUUAAACUCUAGUGGACCAAACUACACAGUCCCUGCCUUGGACGUUAAUAUCUCCGAAGCCCGUGAGAUAUUCAAGACGAACUUCUUCUCCGUCAUUGCAAUGUGUCAGGCUUUUGCUCCGCUGCUUAUCAAGGCCCAAGGCACUAUUGUUCAGCUAGGAUCCAUUGCUGGCGAAAGACAUCCCGAAAGCUAG